GAAGCCCUAGCCUACACUUGAGUACACGCGUAGCCUAGUUACAGCGUCAGCAACAAAAGUGAGGCUCUUAAAAAGCCUUGACAUCAGUAAGUGAAUCGAAGGCAGAAAUCAUAAGUAGCUCAAGGCUCAUUGCCUGCUGGGACUAACAACACCUCAGUGCAACUUUCUUGGACCUCAGACUCCAGUUUACUCUGUAGAGAUGCACCCUGGUCAAAAUGUCAUCAAUCCUGUGCCUCCUCAGGUACCUGUGAUUAUGCCUGCCCCUUACAGACCCCCAAAUUGCCCAACUGGUCUUGAAUACCUGACUCAGAUAGACCAGCUUCUGAUCCAUCAGAAUGUUCACAUUGCUGAAAUUGUUCUCAACUUGGAAACUCGCAAUUCUUACACUGUAAAGAACAGUGUAGGACAACAGGUGUUUGCAGUGGCAGAAGAGAAUGACUGUUGCACACUAAUGUUCUGCGGCCCGGGCAGACCUUUCACCCUUCAUCUCAAGGACAAUCUUGGACAGGAAGUGGUGACAGUCACACGUCCCCUGAGGUGCAGCCUUUGCUGCUUCCCUUGCUGCUUACAAGAGCUUGAGGUACAGAGCCCUCCUGGUUGUCCUAUAGGGUACAUAAUACAGGAAUGUCAUGUUUAUCUGCCUAAAUUCAUCAUACUGAAUGAGAGGAGGGAGCCCCAGCUUCGGAUCCAAGGACCGCUUAUGGCCUGCAGCUGGUGGGGAGACAUCAACUUUGAGGUGAAGUCCCUGGAUGAGUCAGUGGUGGUUGGACAGAUAAGCAAGCAGUGGUCUGGAUUUAUACAGGAAGCUUUCACCGACACAGACAAUUUUGGAAUCUCGUUUCCCAUGGAUCUGGACGUCAAGGUCAAAGCUUCUCUGCUUGGUGCCUGCUUUCUCAUCGAUUUCAUGUUUUUUGAGAAACAGAAGGGAUCAAAUGGUUAGGUUACUGAUGUAUUUGUCCACUAAAUAUUUAAAUGUGUUGUUAUUAGUUGUUUGGGUUAGUUGUUUUUCAUUCAUUUAUUUAGCCUAUAUGAAUUUUUUUGGUGUGUGUGUAUUUUGUAUUGUGUUAUGACCGUCCUGUUCAAUGCAUUCAAAGGUUAUUACACCUUAUUUUUUGUGUUUAUUGUAAAAAAGUAUUACAAAGUGUAAAGUAAGACAAUUAUGCAAUGCAUACUUAAGCAAGUGUUUGAUGCAAUAUUGAGU